AUGGGGCCCCUGCGGGUUCCUGCUGCUGGUGACGCGCUAUCAUUCCAGGCGUGGGCGGGACCUCCUCGCAUGGCUGAGGUCCCCGAGGCGUCACUUGGGCAGCUGUGGCGCCUCGCGGAGGGCUUGCGGGUCGUGCACCUGAUCCAGGCGUACGGUCAUGCAGCUCUUGCUCGUGGUGGCUCGCUAGAUGGUCGCCAACGGGACGCGUGUCUUGAUGCUGCUGACCGGCUCGCGGAGCUGCUGGCGCCCGUGCUGGCUGCGCCCGCGAUGGGCGUAAUUGCGGGUGUUGGGCAGCUUGGUACAGCUGUCCGUGGGCUGCGGCGGAUUUUGCGCGCAGGCUCUGGAGCCGAUGUGAUCGGCGCAAGCACGGCGGCGGUGCGGCAGCUGCACCGCUCUCUGACUGGGUUCCUGGCGAUUCUUGACGCGGAUCAGUUCUAG